AUGACUCAGCACCAAAUCGGAUAUAAUUUCAAACCUGGAAAAUACAAGCUCGCAAAGGGAUAUGAUUUAAUAGCAUAUCAUCCAAAUGACAUGAACGAAUUUACUCCGAGAUAUUUGGUGUCAGAGAUAAAUGAUAAAGAUAAUUCAACUAUCUUCAUGAAACGCGUAAAAAAUAGAGACGGAACGAAAGAACAAAGGCUUAUGAAUGCGGAUGACUUAAAUAGGGAACUUGUUGAAAACGGUCUCGGAAUAUAUGAAAUGCCAGCAGAUGAGGUACAAGAAACUCCACAGGAAGAACUAGUUCAGAUACAACCAGACAUGGAAGAAAUAGUUCAGCAACAACAGCUAGAAGAGCCUGAAGGAAACGAACAAGUCCCUCCUUUGGAAACUAACUUCACAGAACUAGAUGAAGAUUUGGAACAGCCGAAAAAUCUUGACCCUCAACAAGAGUAUGCGGAGAAUAUGGAAUCUUUCCAAGAGUCUAAGAAAAAUUCGGCUGACAUAGUAGAAGAAUAUCGAAAAAUGUUCGCCGACAUACAAAAGACUCCAACAUCAGAUGAAAAUAUUCAGCAUAGAAUGGAAGUACUGAAAGAAAGUGUACGCAAAUACAACAAUCCUUUUUACUUACGAGCAUAUAACGUUCAAUCUUUGGAUGAACUCGGUGAAAAUAAAAGGUUAAAUUUCAACAAAACAUAUAGAAAUGAAACAUUGUUUAAAGUUCAUUCAGAACCUAACCAAUAUGGAAACAAACCUACUUUUGUUUCUGCAGACUAUGGAACUACAAUGAGAUGGGGUCAUAAAGCUAAUCCAGAUAGGUGGUUCAUAAACUUACAACCACAAUUCCAAGAAGUUGUAGACGCAAUGGAAGUCAAUGGUGAACCAGAUAUAGCUGGUAUUUUCAGCGCGGCUUUAAUGCCAUUGAAAGAUAUGAAAGAUGCAGAUAUUUUGAACCAGUAUGA